AUGCUCAUCUGGCCGCAAUUCAAUCUGAAAUCCUCUGAAAUGGAAUCCACCACCUCUGAGGUCAAGAACGAGGCCUCUGCCCCUUUAUUAGACAGCCAAGUUCCCGAUGAUACGAAGCCUGCCGAGUCAGUCAAGACAGGCCUUCCCCAGACCGCUCUGAAAGCCUUGCUCAUCGAGUCUGCUUCCAGAACCCCUGUCAACAAUGCCCAACUGGAAGACGAUGACGACCUCACUCCGCCGCCUGACCACAUUCCCAGCCCAACUCAUGACGACCCAGCCUCAGGCGACGAAAUCGUGGUGAGCUCUAAUCGUAAUGGUGCCGACAAGUCUUCGCCUUUCCGUGUGGUUUCCGACCAAGAAGACGAAACCAUGGGCGACGCCGAUGAGGAUCUGCCCUAUCGACCGCAAACGUCCCCUUAUCCCACGCGCAAGAGACAGCUGACAGCGUCAAACGUUCCUGCGGAUGACGAAGAGGAAGGAAGCCCGCCCACAGACGACACGCCCAUCUCCCGCGCAAAGCCGAUCCGUCGCCCUGCGGGUGCUGAUUCCAAAACUGUCAUUCUUGGAUACUGGCGCGACUCUCAGCAUCCUGACGAGGCUGAGAAGCACGCUGUCGUCGGCUUCAUUGACGUGCGAGAAAGGUUGCGAACACGAAUUGCCGACGUCAACCGCAAGCGUCAGCCCGUUGACACCAAGAAGUAUCCAGUGCCUCCUGGCCCCGGUGGUAGCUGGGUGACAUUUGAGCGCGUCGUUUUCGAGCCUCAACUUGUCGGGCUCAACCAUCACCACAUUAAAGAGUUCGUCAAGCAAAGGGCCGGUGUAGAGGGAGAAUCGUCCGAGACGAAGCGACAAAACGACAUGCUCGCUGUUGCAGAGGCGCGACGUCGCCUGGAGAGAAACCCGGCCUCCGAAACGGCGCCUACCCCGGCUGUGGCCUACGGUCUCACGAUCCCCGAGGACGCUGUCAUCUGCAGUCGUUCUGAGAUCGCUAAGCGGCGAAAGCUUGGCCCAACCCCUCAGAGUGGCGUUGGCACGAUUAGCGGUGGGGGGCCGAUACUGAGUUCCCAAGCACAGGGCCAGCACCAACCGCCAAUGAGGCACGCUCUGGCGCAGGAGCUUCCUCCGAUGCACUCUCAGGUCGGUCCUAGGCGCAGUCUGCCCGACCAUCCUGAAAGCAGCGAGAGAAUUUCUCCCGUGCCCGUGUUCGAGGCCCUCUGGGGAACCCGCCCAACCAGGAUCGUCGUCGGGUAUUGGAAGCCCAGCAACGCGCCGAACGAACGCGAUCGCCAUGCGGUUCUCGGCAUUCUCGGCACAAACGACAUGUUCCGGGUCAAGGUUGUUCGUGAGACUCGAGACGGGCGCUAUGUUGAUGGAAACUUCCCUGUGGGCGCAGGCGCUCUGUGGAUCCAAUGGCCUGAGAUGGAGCCAGAGCCGCAUCUCAAAGAUCUAAGCCGAACAGAGGUGAAAGAGUACGUCCGGGUUCGCCAAUACCAGAUUGACCGAGGCGAGACGGAAGCGCAAAAGGUUCGCAACGAGACCCAUGCCGUCUACAUUGCGCAACAGCGUGUCAUGCACGGCGUCAAGAUCGUCCCCCCACCGGGCGCCGCCGCCAACGGGAAUGGUGUUCAUAGCCGACAUGACGAUGAUGUGCCCGGGCCGGAGGACGCAGAUAUGAACGAUGCCUAUGUCGAUUCCAAGCAGGACAUGAAGACUGUGUUCAAUGGUCAAGAACUCAGGAGCAACGGUCGCCGUCCAGAUGCCCCUCACGGACGACACUCGCUGCCAAACCUCGAGAGUCGCCAGUCAUCAAAGACUCCCCUUGCUGCACGGAGGGAUAUGGAUACUCACGCUCGUCGGGAGAUAGGACGGCUUGAGCAGGCCGAGGUUCGCAGGGCUCAGUUUGCUCUAGAACGGGAGGCUGCUGCUGCCAACGCCAAUCUGGGCAUGCCGAUGCAGCACGGCAGCCAAUUACCCCCCAUGCAAAUGGUGAACAAUAACCAUAGUCGUGCGAGCCUUGGACACUCAUUCCACGCGCACGAUGACCUGCAACGUCUUGAGAGCGUAUGGCAGAUGCAGGAGGAGCAACGCAAUAAGGUCCAGCAGCUGCCGCCUCCCCCGGCUCCCGUUCAGGCCCCACCUCCUGUCCAUACGCCAGUGGCUAACGGCAACGAAGUCAAGUAUCAUGAAGGUAUUCGGUACGAGCGCAAGCCUACCGGUAAUUUCGCUGGCAAACUCGUGUCGACGGGCUCCCUCAUCAGUAUUGAUGGCGAGGAUUACAUCGAGUACCGCCUUCUUACGAAGCCGUCGUUCUGA